GAGACUUGUUCGGUGUGACUGAGGCAGGUCACGUGUGGUAGUCAUGUGACAUCAUGGCGUCGUCCGUCUUCGGGAGAGUGAGAAGCGGGUCCAAACCAAGCUCUGCGGCCGACCAGGAGGUGGAGAGCCGUGAAGAUGAGGAGCAGAGCAUCAAACUGGCCGAGAUCCUGGAGCUGCUGCUGGCUGCUGGCUACUUCCGGGCUCGCAUCAAGGGCCUGUCCCCGUUUGACAAGGUGGUGGGCGGGAUGACAUGGUGCAUCACCACCUGCAACUUCGACGUGGACGUGGAUCUUCUGUUUCAGGAGAACUCCACCAUCGGGCAGAAGAUAGCGCUGACGGAGAAGAUUGUGUCGGUUCUCCCGAGGAUGAAGUGUCCUCACCGCCUGGAGCCGCAUCAGAUCCAAGGCCUGGACUUCAUCCACAUAUUUCCUGUCAUUCAGUGGCUGGUGAAGCGAGCCAUCGAGACCCGGGAGGAGAUGGGCGACUCCGUCCGAGCGUACUCGGUCUCCCAGUUCCUGAAGAGCCAUCUGCUCCCAGAGGACCAAGACUUUCUACAGCGCAGGGACAAGGCGACCAGGGCGGUCCUGGAUGUUCUGGACCUUUACAAGCCUCAGAGGAAAUACCGGAGACAGAGGGACGCUGGAGAUCUGAGCGACGAGGAGUCAAGAGUCCACUCCACCCUGUUGGAGUACGGCAGGAAGUUCGGCUUCAGUAAGCAGUCAAGGAAGGAGACGGAGGAGGAUCGCAAGUGUUCUCUGUCCAGCAGCUCUUCGGCGCCGCCUGCAGGAGCAAGUGAGGAGGAUGAGGACAUGAAGGCGGCCGAGGAGAUGAGGAUCAAGAGUCUGAUGAUCCGAAUGGCUGUCAUGGCGACGGAGGAGGGUCAGCUGACCGCCAGCGCGGUGGGUCAGAUCGUGGGUCGACAGUCCGAGGAGAUCAAGCAGUUUGCCUCCCAGUACGCCGAAAAGCAGCAGGUGGGCGCGUCCUGGGACCAGCGGCCCGAGCUCUUUGGGCCGCUGCAGCAGCACCGUCGAGCCGUGGCCUCCGUCAACAAGCAGAUGGAGCUGAAGAGCAAAGAGCUGCAGGAGGUGCAGCUGAAACACUCGGACCUGAAGGCGUUAUGUGACCGGGUCAAGACCAGACUGUGGGAGGCCAUGGAGGAAUCCAGGCGGCUGUCCACAGAGAUGAAGAGUUUGGAGGAGGAGGAGGAGCGGGCAGACAGCAGUGUGCUGGACAAGCUGAGGACCCUCGUCUCCAUGAACGAGAGCCUGAAGCAACAGGAGCAGCAGUUCCGCGCGCACUGCAGAGAUGAGAUGACUCGCUUGCAGCAAAACAUUGAAGAGCUAAAAGCAGCUUCAGGUCAAGAUGCUGAGGAGGAGCAGAGAAACCUGAUGAUCGACACGCAGUUCAGCAACGAGCGUGAGAAACUCCAGAAGAUCCGUCUGCUGAUGGCUCGCAGGAACCGGGAGAUGGCCAUCCUCCAGAGGAAGAUGGACGACGUCCCGAGUCGCGCCGAGCUGACUCAGUACCAGAAGAGGUUCAUUGAGCUCUACAGUCAAGUUUCAGCCACACACAAAGAGACCAAGCAGUUCUUUACCUUGUACAACACUCUGGACGACAAGAAGCUCUACCUGGAGAAGGAGGUCAGCCUGCUCAACUCCAUCCACGACAACUUCCAGCAAGCCAUGUCGUCCUCCGCCGCACGCGCUCAGUUCCUGCAUCAGAUGGAGCAGAUCGUUGAAGGAAUCAAGCAGAGUCGCAUCAGGGUAACCAUGACGACCGGCCGCUCAUGUUUCCUGGUGACCUCAGCCUCACCCUCUCACCAGAUGGAGAAGAAGAAGCAGGAGAACAAGAUGCGUCGCGAUCAGCUGAACGACGAACACCUGGAGCUGCUCGACAAACAGAGACUUUACUUCAAGACUGUCAAAGACUUUAAGGAGGUGUGUGUGUUUAUACUGCCUCGUGGGGACCUGAUGUCCUUAUGGGGAGACCUGUUGCUGGUCCCCACAGGUCCAAAGCUCAAUUUGAGGAUGAAGACCUCAAAAUAAGUGGCUCAUUCUAAGUGGGUUCCAGUCUGGUCCAGAGUCCUGGUUCAGGUGAGCCAGGUGUUUUGGAGGGUUAGGUUCAGGGUGAGAUGACGGUCCUCGCUAAGAUAGGAAGACAAGUGUGUGUGUGUGUGUGUGUGUGUGUGUGUGUGUGUGUGUGUGUGUGUGUGUGUGUGUGUGUGUGUGUGUGUGUGUGUGUGUGUGUGUGUGUGUGUGUGUGUGUGUGUGUGUGUGUGCGUGUGUGUGU